CACAGAUCACACACAUCAGUCAGUAUCUCUCUCCGACUCUCACCAGCUUAUCCCCCUGCCGGUAAACAGCACACACACACACACACACACACACAUACACAGGCUCUGUGUAACAGCAAGAGAUACAUCUACAAACCAAAAGCCAAGACACAAAACGAAGCAGGCUGCUAUCGGAGUCCCUCAUCCUUCUUUCUGUGAGGAUAAUUGUCACCUUCUCCUCGGAGAUGAAGUGAAGAGUUUACAGAGGUGACAGAUUGGAAAAGUUUUAAGAGGGUUUGUUCCGGAAACCACCUAUCCCUUCCUCCCAGGGACUGAGGAGGGGAACAAGUCUGCCCAGGUUAAUGAGACGAGAGGAUUCUGAGGAAGUGAAGAGAGAGCGGCGUUGCUGAUAAUCUUCAGCCUUGAAGACCAGCACAAGAUGCUGCUGCGGCUGAUGUUGGGAGGAUUUAAAAUCAAGGAGUGUCACUGAAACCUUUGUGUUUAGAGCAAGACAGGAGGAUGAGUGGGAACUACUUACAAAACAUGGGGAAGAGGAUAAUUGUGUUAACUGUGUGCCUGAUAACAAUCUGCGGACGGGUUAGCCUGGCCUCAACGCAUCAUCGAAGCCACUCAGUUGUCCAUGUUAAAGCGGGCACAUGUGAAGUGAUCGCUGCGCAUCGCUGCUGCAACAAGAACAAGAUUGAGGAACGCUCACAGACUGUCAAGUGCUCCUGUUUCCCUGGGCAAGUAGCAGGAACAACACGGGCAGAUCCAUCGUGCGUUGACGCCUCGAUUGUUGUUCAGAAGUGGUGGUGUCACAUGGAACCAUGUUUGGAAGGCGAAGAGUGUAAGGUUCUCCCAGACCUGAGUGGCUGGAGCUGUAGUACUGGAAACAAAGUCAAAACCACCAAGGUCACUCGAUAGUCCUUUGGGAAUACGGGAGGCAGUGUUUUAUUUUUUAAAAGCUGAAAAGUGUUCCAUCUUUCAACUGAUUCUCCACAGAUGGGACCGGUUAACCUGACUUAUAGUUUGUUCCCAAGCAGCUACUUAUAUCCGAAUGGGAAUCUCCUUGGCUCCCAAAGGAACGUCAGAAAUGACAAGGAAACCCAAGGCACUACAUGAGAGAGAAGGAUGCGUCAAAGGGCCUGGUGAUGGGUAAACACUGGCUGCAAUGGACUCCUCUUGGUCAUACCCUACUGGGGUCUAUGGACACUGGGUUCAUGGAAAGUUCAGCUUCCUUCCAGCGCAAUCAACCUGACUCGAGAGAGAGAGAGACCUCUCUCCUCCAGCUUUGUCAAAAAGGCACAGUGCUCCCCUCUCCCAUCGCCAAACCCUAUUUCUUCAAAGCAUCUCAGUUCACACCGGUCUUCAUGUUAAGUCAUUUUCAAAAGGAAAGAUAAUGAGUCGAGCUGAAUCUCUCCAAUGAAAACUUUGGUUUUUGUUUGCCUCUUUCCAUCCAAUUCCAGACAGCGAACACAGUCUUCUGGUUUCAAACUGCUUGAAGUGGGAGUCUCCCUGGAACUGCCAUUAACCACCAUGGUAGAGGGGGUAACUGAACAGCAAUAUUUCCCCAAGGCACAGACUGUAUGGGACGUGGCAGUAAAUGCUGAAACUUCUAGUCUUGUUGGAGUUCAGCAGAUCACCAACCAACGCCAUUGCACAGGAAGGUGACUUAACAAUUCCCCAUUGGCUACACCUGACUGAGUCCAAUUCACUGCUCCCUCUGAAGGCUUACUGAGCAGUGUGUAGAGCUGGUCUUACUGCUGUAUGCUUCCUGGAAUCCCUCAUCUUUUGGGAUCAGAAGCCCUGGGCUCCUUGCUUCAAUUGGUCCAUCAUCUACUGACACUACAGAAAUGCUCAUGCGUAUUUUUAUUAGGGGCCUCCCUGAUUGGCUCCUUGUGACUCUGUAGCCAAGAUUGAGUUACGAAAAUUAAUCAGAUCUUGUGACCUUCUGUAAUCCCCUCAGUUAGAUUGUAUCAUAUCUGUACAAAU